GCUCUUGGCAAUGCCACAGGUCUUGAAGCUCCUGGAUGAUCUUGCUCUUCAAGUUGUGCUGCUCAUCAUGUGAAUCUGACAUGGAACAUCAAAGUAGACAAAUCAAUCAGUUAAUGUUUUUUGGAUUCUUUCUCUGCCUGGAUGCCUUUUUAUAUCUCUUUACUCUACUACCGUUGCGAGUCCUUCUAGCCCUAAUGAGAUUUAUUACUCUCCCUUGUUGUGGCUUAAGCGAUGGACGGCUGCUACAACCUGCUCAGGUAUGUGACAUACUCAAGGCACUUAUAAUGGUCAUCUGCUUUGUUAUGAUGCACUACGUGGAUUAUUCCAUGAUGUACCAUCUCAUUAGAGGACAAUCUGUCAUCAAACUCUACAUCAUCUACAAUAUGUUAGAGGUAGCAGAUCGCCUCUUUUCUUCCUUUGGACAAGAUAUUUUGGAUGCACUGUAUUGGACAGCCACCGAAACUAAAAAGAAGAAACGAGCUCAUAUUGGGGUGAUACCUCAUUUCUUCAUGGCUGUGCUUUAUGUCUGUAUCCUUUGGGAGUCACUUAUUAAAGCUACCAG